CCCACCGCUCCAUCCCACCGCCCAUCCAUCCAACCAGCCCACCCCUCCGGGAGCUCGGUGCCGCCCCUCCGGCGGCGUGUCCCGUGCGGGCCCGCCCCGGCCGCAGCGGCGCGGGCCAUGGCGGAGCUCCAGGAGCGCCUCGAGGCGCUGGAGCGGCGGAUGGAGCGGGCGGAGGCGGCGCUGCGGGAGCGGCCCCUCGCCGCCCUGCGGCUCCACGGGCCCGUGCUGCAGGUCCCGGUGCUGUUCGAGGAUGUGGCAGUGCGGUUCAGCCAGCAGGAGUGGGCAAGCCUGGACGAGGGACAGAAGGAGAUGUACCGGAGCGUCAUGGAAGGCAACUACGAGAUGCUGGUGUCCCUGUGUAGGCUGCGUUUGCGCCGGUUUGGCAGCCCCAGGGAGCUCUCUUGGGGUCAUUUCUCUGCCUCUUUGCCUUUCACUGGAAUCUCCAGCUCUCAAAUAAUCCUCCCUUUUCCCUGUCCCCUCUGGCAGCGGUUGGAGUGUGGCAGGGGCACGCAGGACAGGGUAGUAAGUGCUUGGUGUCUUUUCCUCGUGGAGAACAGGUACCUUGUUGGUGUUGUCAUCUCCUUGGGUUGUCACCUCCAAAAUUCUCUGCCUGGGACACCCCAUUCCAUGAGAAUUUUCCCUAAAAUCCAACUUGAACUUCCCACUUACUGUGCCCUGUCCAAGCCUGAACUGUUACUGCAGCUGGAAAGAGAAGAGCUGAGCACGCCGCCGGAAUCCGAGCCAGAGGCAGCAGAGGUGUCCCCAGAGCUGGCAGUAGAGCCAGCCCGACAGAACUGCACCAGCAAUGAUGCACUGCCGGAGACAGAGACAAGGGAGAGGGGCUGCAGGGAGCCAGAGGAAAGAAGGAAUGUGGCAGAGAAAAGUGGGAACUUGAUAGAGGAAGGCGAGAACCUGGUGGAGGAAAGCUGGAGCCUAGUGGAGCUAACACCUGUCCCUCUGGAAGCCACUGCUGUCCUGGCGGAUCUCAGCCAGCCGACCCCGUCUUCUCCCAGCCCUCUCUCUGUGCACUGUCAGGAAGCCGUGGGUCAGAACUCUUCUCCCCCUGCAGCAGGAGAUGCUGAAGCAGGGAUCCCCAUGGAGGUGCUGCAGGAGGAGGUUGCCGCAGAGAAGCCGUUAAUGCCCAAACCACCGUCUGAGGGUCUGGAACAGGACAAGGGUCAGGAAGAGGAGGCUGUGAAGGAUUCAGGGAAUACUGGCCAAGAGCUGGUGGCCAACAUUCCUGAAGAACCAGGAAAGGAGGUGACACCAGAUGUCCACAAAACCACAGAACAGGCAGAUCCCAGCCCAGGGGAGCCGGAGAAGGAGUCCUGCGAGGGCCGGCCCGUGGCCUGGCAGCGAAAUUCCGCCCGGGAAUUUUACUCCUGCCCCAUCUGCAGGAAGACCUUCCUGCUGAAGAUCAACCUCCUGAUCCACCAGCGUGGCCACACCAACUGGGUGCCCUAUGUUUGCGUCCACUGCGACCGCAAGUUCAUGUCCAAGAAGAAAAUCAGGCGGCACCUCCGCGCCUGGGCGGCCAAUGGGACGUGCCAGCCCUCGGAGCUGGAGGGCUUCCUGACGGUGCACCAGCGCCGGCACUCCGGCCACCACCUCAUCCUGUGUCCCUGCUGCAACCGCAGCUUCACCUGGGUCUCGGACUUUGUCCGGCAGCACUGGAUGCACAUGGGCGUGCGGCCCCACCAGUGCGGCAUCUGCCAGAAGACCUUCAAGAGGUUCUCCCACCUCAAGGCGCACCAGAGGAUCCACAGGCGGCAGGAGCGGCCGUUCACCUGCGCCAACCCGGUGCCCAUGGCGGCACCCGCAGCAGGAGACGGGGAUAGGAGGCUGCUGUCUGAUCUUGAGGUGAAGAAUGUGAUGGUGCUGCUGGUGGGCUUAAGAUGGGACGGGGCUGUAGGCGGGGCCCGGCUGGCCGCGCUCCUCAGGGACAACUCCCGCCGCCUCCGCCGCAUCCAGCGCCAGCUCCGCCGCUGCCGCUGCGGGGGCAACCGCACCGGCACCGGCAGCGGGACCGCCCGGGAGCGGACACAGGUGCCAGCGGCGGGCGAGGGUGAGGAGGCCGCUCUGCCGGAGCAGGAGCUGGGGAGCCUGGGCAGCCGGGAGCUCCGUGGGAUCGCCAGGAAGGGGAAUUACGAGGCCAUGGUCCCUCUCGGUGAGGAUCCCUCAGAUCAUGUCAGAAGCAUCAUCAUCCCUGGGCUGAUGCAGCUUCCAAACCUUCCCCACGUGGAACAUGGGGGGAUUCCAGGGUCUGAGGAUGCAGGUUCCAAACCUGCACUGCUGCCACCAGCCGAGGACAGGGAGGAUCCAGGGAGCCCCAGGCUGCCGGAGAAGGGAGCGGUGCCAGGACAGCUUGGUGACAGUGAGAUGAUCGUGAUCAAGACGGAAGAGCAGCAGCCGCAGGAGGACGGAGCCGAGCUCCUGGCACUGCCGAUGGUGCCUGCGGUCAGGCUGGACGAGGAGGUUCCCCUCGGCCAGGAGCAGCCGGUUUCCUGGGAGAGCCACGGCGUGGCCGGGCCGAAGGCGGCCGGAGAGGGCUUGGGGGAAUUCUGCCUGGGGGAAUUCAAGCCGGUGGUGGUGCCGGUGGAGGCCCACCCUGCCCCGGGCCUGCCCUUCCCCACGGAGCACGCGCUGGGCGCGGGCACGGAGCAGCCGUUCGUGCUUGCCCAGGGAAUGCCGCUGGGAGAAGACCCCGCGGCCGAGGUGGCGUCGCCGCAGCCCGGCUGGGAGCAGCAGAGCCCCCAGGACGAUCCCCGGGCGCUGCCGCCGGGCUGGAAGAGCGUCCGGCUGACGCGGAACCUCCUGGCGCGGCAGCAGAGCCGGGAGAGGAAGAGCAACGGCUCCUUCAUCUGCACGUCCUGCGGGAAGAGCCUGGCCCACCACGCCGCGCUGCUGCGGCACCAGCGCCUGCACACGGGCGAGCGGCCCUUCCAGUGCCCGGCCUGCGGCAAGAGCUUCAACGAGAAGUCCAACCUCAACAAGCACUACCGGAUCCACACCGGCGAGCGGCCGUACCGCUGCCCCGCCUGCGGCAAGGGCUUCGUGCAGAAGCACCACCUGCAGAAGCACCAGCGCAUCCACGGGCCGCAGCUGCGCAGCGCGUGGCCGGGCCGGGCGGCGCGGGGCAGCGCCGCCGGGGAGCGGCUCUACCGCUGCAUCGAGUGCGCCGAGAGCUUCCCGCAGAAAGCGUCGCUGGAGGAGCACCAGCGCCGGCACACCCAGCAGCGGCCCUUCCAGUGCCACGGCUGCACCAAGAGCUUCCGGCACCGGCAGUCGCUGAACCACCACCAGAAGGUGCACGCCGUGGCCGCCUCUCCGGCCGGCAGCUUGCCGGGACACGAGCCGGAGCUGGAGCCCUGCGAGGCUCUGAGCCAGGACAAUGGGUAGCCAGAGGGCUGGAGAAGGGAAGGGACAGUGGUUCUUCAGCGUGGGACACACCGGGCAGCUGGGACUUGUGGCAGCACCGGGAGUUUGUGCACGAUGCUGUGGGACCACCUGGGUCUCAGGAGGAGGAGGAGGAGGAGGGAGCCUGCUGAGGAGUUCGCCAGGGAAGGGCCCAGGGUGGGAUGGGACUGGCAGCAGAGGAGGGUGAGUGACUGGAGCUGACCCGGCAGUGCCGCUGCCCCCUGGAUUCUUUCAGAUCCCACGGUGGAACUCGGGUUGUUUGAACACCACCGCUGUGCAGGGAGGGGGGCGGGGAGUGGUCAGUGGCCUGGGGGCAGCUGAUAGCCC